AUGGCGGGUAGACCUUCUGUUCGUAGUCGGCAUCAUCCGAAUCGGUCGACGGCACAGCAUGCUACUAAUCAUCCAUCUAGUCCAGAAGACAGAAGGAAGAGUGAGGAAGCAGCUGGUCUGACACUGCAAAUACAUCCGCCAUGGCCGGACAUGGCUCAAGGUCAGGGCGAAUUGUUCUUUGAAUGCACGUUGUUCCUCUAUUCGGUUCUAGCACUGUUUCUUGAGUACCUCAACUUAUAUAAAACAUUAUGGUGGCUUCCAAAGUCUCACUGGUCUUGGACAAUGAUAACAGAAUGGAUAGCUACUGUUUCGCAGAAGACCAAUGGGACAUUCGCAAUUUUUUGGAAGCUAAUCGAAUGGUUGCUUGUUAAAAUACCGAUGUUUUUAAUGGUUGCAUCAUCAUUUAUGUUUAGCUUUUCACGUGUUUAUGCUGACUACUCUACUAAGGCGCUGGUUUACUUUUGCUUCCCCUUGGUGGUUUUUGUGAUUUUCUUCUUUUUUGAAAUUGCGCACACGGCUCACCGAUUUGUAUCCACCUUGUACUACGUUAUAAAAUCCCGAGACCUAGGAAGUGCGUCGUCUGCACCACUUUUAUAUUCUCAAUUUCCCGGACCUCCGUCACUUCUCGAUAUUGAUAAUGUGGCUCAUAUGUGCAGCAUAAACCCGAAUCAGGUCAGGGAGGAGGUUUCAGUAUUAUCCCGCGAUUUCAAUUUGCGACUAAAGCGUUGCAUAUUUUCUGGGUUAUCUACAGCUUACUUUUCUAUAUUCAUUCCAUAUGUAUUCACACCGGAAAAGUCGUCAUCCGGAAUACCACAAAAAAUGUACGUGGACGCAGUGUGGGUUGCUGAAUUAUUUGUUAUUGUUGCUUUUACGGCGUUUUCACUAUAUACCACAUAUCUUUUACCUUUACAAUACGGGGACUUGCUACACCGUAGUGCUGUACAUCUUGGUACCUGGGAACGAAUUGAUGUUCCCCCUUCAGUGACACCUAAAGGACCAGCGGUAGAAAGUGGAUAUUGUGACUAUCCAGAGUGGUCGGAGCAUCAAGACGAGCUUUAUCCUGAUCGAAAAGAGGUUCGGCACGGUGGUCACCUUUAUCGUGCCUAUGCAUCACCAGGUGUUCCUGGAGUGGCUGCCGUACCAGGAGACCUCGAGCAUUUAAGAUUCUCGCGUCUCGCGUCCGAUCCUUUAACAAUUGUAACGUCUAUGUGCGUACUUCAAGCGGUAUUUAUAUGUGUACAGUUUGUUUUGGUAUUGCAUUCAAUAGAAUGGCAGCAUAUAAUUACACUGGUUCUUCCUAUGUGUGCUAACUAUACAGUUCUUUAUAAGUCGCAUACGGAGCAAGAGUGGGCUGUAGGCUCUUAG